AAAAUAAAAUAAAAAAAGCAUUCAUCUUUUGUGGCACUUCAACAAACUUUGUUCCGGCCACGCUCUCUCAUCUCCGUCCGAGCGUCGUCUCUCUCUACUCUCUCUCUCCGUCGCCGAGUGUUUGAGUAGAUCGCUCCGUUGACUCUGUUCCCUCCCCGGAGAAGAUCGGAGUUUUGUAGCUGAUUCGCUGUUGAUACUAAUUCAGCAGCCAUGAGCUCGGUUUUGCAGGGUUUUACGAAGUCACUCGCCAUGACUUUUGUCUCCGAGAUUGGUGAUAAGACCUUCUUCGCCGCCGCUAUUCUGGCGAUGCGUUAUCCUAGGAGACUUGUGUUGGCUGGUUGUGUAUCGGCUCUGAUUGUUAUGACUAUCCUCUCUGCUACUGUUGGAUGGGCUGCUCCAAAUCUGAUCUCUCGCAAAUGGACUCAUCACAUAACAACGUUGUUGUUCUUUGGUUUCGGGCUAUGGUCUUUGUGGGAUGGUUUUAAAGAAGGGGGAGGGGGUUCAGAAGAAUUGGCUGAAGUUGAAGCAGAACUGGAUUCUGAUAUGAAGGCUAACGGUAAAUCCACAAAAGAUAAGACUGAAGAUGAGAACAAAAAGCAGAAGAGGCCAUUCCUGACACAAUUCUUCUCUCCAAUUUUUCUCAAGGCAUUUUCGAUUAACUUCUUUGGUGAAUUUGGUGACAAGAGUCAGCUUGCUACAAUUGGUUUAGCCGCGGAUGAAAACCCGUUUGGGGUUGUCCUUGGUGGAGUUGUGGCACAGCUUGUGUGUACCACUGCUGCUGUGAUUGGAGGAAAGAGCUUAGCGUCUCAGAUAUCCGAACGAAUAGUUGCUCUCUCUGGUGGAAUGCUAUUCAUUAUAUUUGGAAUCCAAUCGUUUCUUACUUCUGUUGAUGCCUAAUGCUUCCCAAAACCUUCUUUCUGGGCUGUAGGGAGAGUUGAAGAUGACGAUGAAGAACGUUGCUAUCUAUACUUUCUUUAGAUUUGUAAUCUUGAUACUAGAUGUCUUACACAAGUCAUUACAAAACAAAUCUGAAAGUUUAUUUACCGUGAAAAAAAAUAACAUUAAAAGGGGCUUAAGCAGCCAUUUGACUUCAAUAAAGUUUUGGUGAUCGUUGGUUAA